UCUCUUAAAAAUUAGUUGAAAGCGUAAAUUAGGACGUACCUAAAUAGUUGGAAUGCAUUGGCUGUUGUGCAUUGGCUAUAAAGUAUAAAACAUUUUGUUCAGGCUUGUUUGAUAAACAAAAAACUAGCAAUAAUAUAUUGUAAAUACGGACUGGAAUACGAUGGAGGAUAACAUCAUAAGCAUGUUUAUGGAUGUAAAACUAGACAUCAAAGAAAGAAAACUGGAGUUCUCUCAUCUCAAGUCAUGGGCACACUAUUACGUUCGUGUGGAAGCUGUUAAGUGUUUUCCGUGCUACAUGAAAAUAUGUUUCUUCAAAUCACAUACCGACGAAAGCACUGAUCUGAUAGUGCGUAUCAACAUUCCAGGUUUGACAGUUCAGAUGGCUACAUCUCGCACGCGUCCACACACAUAUGGAUUGUUUUGGAAAAACAAUCGCAAAAGGUGCUGUGCCUACUUCGCACUUCCUUCGCAGUUGCUUUGUGAGCGCCAUUUACGCUGGAUGAAGAAAUCAAUUCGUAAUUUAGAGCUAUACCGCCAAGAAAUUUUGCAGUUGCGACGAGCUAGUAGAACGCCUAUAUGUGAACGAGAGAUAUAUCCAGACCCUUCCGACAAUGAUCUAGGCAUCUAUCAGAAUCUUGAUAUAACCCAAAACAUGGUAGAUGUCCGGGAAAUUCUCGGUCCAUUACCAAAUGUACCCGAUCAGACUGGUAACUCACGGCGAAUCUCAGGUUUUUCUGGAAUUUAUGAAGAAAUAUCAGACCUCAGAAACUCCUUUGCUACAAAUGCUUGUCCUCGGAUGUCAAUUGCUUCUGGUAUUUACGAAGAAAUGAAGCUACCGGAUACUGAAGAACAAGCCAAAAAUAAUUGCGAGGCGAAAGAUCUGAUUUAUGAAAUUGCACCACCCCUACCACCGCGACCAAGAUCAUUUACCAACGAAUUUAUAUUACAAAGAUCAUUCACCACACCGGAAGUGGAUUUUAACAAAAAGAAAAAACACUGGCAAAUUUUCGAUUCGAUGUUUGGCCGUCGUCGAACAAAUAGUGCAUCUACCAAUAUGCCGAACGCCAGUGAAAUCAAAACAACCUACGAAAAAGAACCCCUUAGUGAUAUACAACUGAAAAACCCUCAGAAAAUGAUGUUUCGCAAGAAUAUGGUAAAAAAGAACCUAGCGGUGAAUAAGAGAAACAGUUUUUCUAGUCCUGAUUUGAGCAUUCUUAAAAUAUAUGGCGAAAAAGGUUAUACUACAGAAUCGACGGAUACAUUAUCAAAUGAGGGAUCCUGUAAAUCAGAUUCCUUAAUUCGAGAUGAAAGAAACUAUAUCGAAGAGGACUGUUUCAAAUUUUCCAACUUUUCAAUUACUGACAAUUCUUCGGUAGAAGACUCAGUAGCUAAUUUAUUAAUUAGCGAGGAACUUGUAGAUAAUCGUCAAUCGAAAAUAAUGAAUGUGUCUGAGAGAAUAAUUUCAAACUUCAAUAUUUCAUGUAACUCAUCCUCUGUCAACUUAGUUGGUUUCGAUUGUACUAGUAACUUGCAAAAAGAGUUGCGUCAAACUCUAGAUGUUCCACCGAUUCCAGUAGGGUACUGUGAGAUGGGUGCAGCUGGUACAGGAUUCGAUCGUCAAAAACUGUCAGGUACAAAUCUAAACAAACUAGCUAAAUGGGAAAAUAAUGAAACAUCUCUCUAUGUUAACAUGAAUAAUAACAUCACUGACAAAGUGCAUACAGAACUAUCUAGCUCGAGCAGCAGCGGUGUUAGUAGCACAUAUAGUAGCAGAAGCAGUGUUUGUAGUUCUACCAAAUCGCGGACUACAAUUGACGACAAAAUUCCGUCAUACUAUCCAAAUAACGAUGUUCGAUCACCCAAACGAGAUGCUAUAUGUUCUGUGCGCAGCGAGAGUGUCAAAAAACAAGAUGAGAGCUCCGGUAAUCAACGCACUGAGGAUCAUUAUGUUGUCAUGUCAUCGCCAAAAAGCAUGCAAGGUAAAUUGAUCCUACAAAACAAAUCUCCAUCGGCAUCGCGUCCUAACAUGCCAUUACAAAAACCUACCUCUAACAGUAAAUCAAAACACAGUGUUCAAAGUUGUAGCCAGUCUGAGACAAUAGAAACACCGAAACAACCGAUUCUCAUUGUAAAUCAUGAAACAUUUGCUAAGAACAUCGAAAACAAUCCUCCAGAAGUAACACCAAAAUGUUAUCUAAAAUAUGCAACUAUUGCACGUAGUGUAUCACCUGCGGGAAGCAAAUACCAAGAAAAGGUAACCGGACGAAAAGCUGCCGAAGCUAUGCUAUUUAAUACAAGCAGACGAUUCGCUUCAUUACCUCGUUUCGGCCGAAUUGAUCUGUCACCCUUGCGUUUGAAAAUUAAUACCGUCCUUCAACGUCAUAAUGCUGGAAAUGCAUAAAGUGGAAUCGAAUGCUAACUUCUUGCAACCUUACAAGCUAAAUUUAAAUUAGAUCUGAAAAUCUCAUAAGAAACGUCACAUUGCUCAAAGUAGUAUAGGUAAUGAAUUAUAAAAAGUUAAAACUUUAGCUUGACUUCCAUUUUAAUUGGUAAAUAAUAUAUGUCAAUAUAAAAAGAAAAACGUUAGACUUUCGGAAACAUGACGCUUUGUUCUGUUAAUUUAUCAAAAUGUUGCUAGCUUUUUUGAAUUGCUUCGCUUUCUCUAAUUUAGCUAUAAACCAUUGUCGCAAAGUUUGAAACUUAUUACUAUUAUUAUUAUUAUUAUUACAUAUUCAUAUUCUCGCUUUAAAGCACCACACUAUCUGUGAUUAAGACUGAAAUGUACAAUGUCGUAGAAAACAAUUGGAAAUCGAAUACUCCGAUUACUAAGAAUCUCAAUCGAAACAUGAGAGCCUUAUGAGUUUUACUAAUCAGGAAUGUUUUCUGACGAAGAUAUCGACAAUGUUUAUAGGAAGCUCAUACGAGGAAUAGCUUGAAUUCAUCUACAUAGGUAUAUAUUAUCACUCGCUGCAUAUCACGUAGGUAUAGCAAUUUUGAUAGUUGAAGCAUUUUCUAUAUUAGAGGCAAAAAAAUGCUAAAGCUUUUUAUUACUGAAGCUAUUGUGAUUCUUACUCACUGUAAA